GGACUCUCCUCCCAGUGAUGACGAUAACUCCCGCAGCAGGCCGCGAAUCUACUGUCAAUUUUGUGACAAGCCUGGUCAUGUCGCCAAGAAUUGCUUCCAACUCUUUCCCCACAAACGUCCGCCGCAGGCCAACUACACCUCCCAUCCACCUACUGCUCCAUCUUCUGCGACCAACGGUGGCUGGCUCAUGGACUCCGCAGCGACACAUCACGUCACCAACAACCUCGGCAAUCUCUCUCUCUACUCUGAUUACAACGGACCGGAUGAAAUCUACUUGGGUGAUGGUUCAGGAUCUAAGAACGGGGGCGCGCCUGCUGACCGGAAGGAACAAAGGUGACACGUACGAGCUUCCCCAUCAGUCUGCUGCUGUUCGUGUAGCCCUAGUCACCACUAGUCACUCGCCUGACUCAUGGCAUCGUCGUCUUGGUCACCCGUCCUCCAAGUCUCUACUUCGUCUCCUUCGCACUCAGUCGUUACCACAUUCGUCUAAGUCUCUUACCCAUUGUAAUUCGUGUCUGUCGAACAAAAGUCAUAAGCUUCCUUUCGGUGAUUCUAGUUUGUCAAGUACUCGGCCCUUUGAUCUGUUGUUUUCUGAUGUCUGGGGUCCUGCCCCUGUCGAGUCUAUAGAUGGUUAUUCCUAUUAUCUAGUUAUUGUCGAUCAUUUUACAAGGUAUACUUGGAUCUAUCCUCUCAAACGUAAGUCCGAUGUUUUGUCCGUCUUCAUUGCAUUCAAAACCCUCAUUGAGAACUUCUUUUCCACUACCAUCCGUCGCCUCUAUACCGAUGGAGGGGGCGAAUUUCUAAAGCUCAAACCUGCCCUUGUUCAAAAUGGGAUCGCUCAUCUUCUUACUCCACCGUACACCCCC